GCAAUAAAGUCCAGCCGUUGACCAUCGCGGCAUCGCCCAUCUCGUCCAUUUCCGCUUUCCCUUCCUGAGACAGCACCACCUCGUGCACCUCGCAUUCACGACCAAGUGCCCUGCGUUUGCGCGCCCAUCGCUGCCACUCCUGUAGCCAAGCGCGCCUGACCCCGAGUCCUUGCCAGUCCUUCGACGCGUCUCGCGCAGUCGCAAACAGGCAAGCGGCGGCCUCAGAGCUCCUCCAUUUCGGUCGCGUUAGGGCCAACUCUCCGCCCAACACCACACCUAAUUUCCACUGCAACCUCAGGCAUGGCCUCUGAAAUCACCGACCACGACCAGAACGCCUCGCCGUCGCUGCACGACGACGGCAAUGGCUCCAUGGGUGUCGGAGAGGUCCGCGGCACCAAGCGCCAACGUCCAGCUGCCGACGACGACGACGACGAUGAUGACAAGCCCGGCCGCGAGCGCAAGGAAGAUUGAGAUCAAGUUCAUCCCAGGACAAGUCGGCGUCGGCACAUCACCUUUUCCAAGCGCAAGGCCGGCAUCAUGAAGAAGGCAUAUGAGCUCUCUGUCUUGACCGGCACUCAAGUCCUGCUUCUCGUCGUGUCCGAGACGGGCCUUGUUUACACCUUCACCACACCAAAGCUGCAGCCGCUCGUCACCAAACCCGAGGGCAAGAACCUCAUCCAGGCUUGCUUGAACGCGCCCGAGCCGUCCAGCGGCGACGCGAAUGGCGUUGAUGCAGACAACUCGGUCGAGUCGCCCGAGGACAACCACGCCCAGAUUCCCACUGGUCAGCAGCGCGGAAUGCCGCCCAACAACCAGCCCAUCCCACAGGCUUACAUGACCCCCGAGGCUGCGCUACAUUACCAGAGCUACCUCCAGCAACAACAGCCAAACCAGUACCCAAUGGCGCAGCAGGGCAUGCCCCGCCAUCCGGGCGGCCACUAUCCCGAACAGAAGCUGGGUUAAACCCAUUACGAGCACAUCUGACGCCGGAUGGAGCUUCGGACGGCGCAUAAUAUUGGGACAGAAUACCCCCUCAUAAUGGUGAAAAUAAUUACGGUGUAGCUCAUUGAGCAUGACUUGGAUGUACAUCAUCAUGUACCUCAUCCGUGUACGUCGCAUGGAGCUGCAGUACCACUUGUUAUGGGACGCGGUGUUGGGAGCCAGGCGGUUGCAAUUCGGACACAACGAUUGUACGUCUUCACGUGGGCAUUGGCGUGGUGUGGGUGUUUUCCUUGGUUUCCUCCUCUCUCCAACAUCUAUAUCAUCUCGUGUCACAUUUACGAAGUACCAAGUAUUUCCAAAUCCUUCGCUACCGACGAUAUCGGCAUAGCUAGAGGACAAUGAAAUCCAAUUAUCUAGA